AUGCACAACUUUGCCCAACGAUUCUCGAGUACAGGGCCUAUCGCUCAGCUAGCCAAGGCAAGACAGCAGGUCGUUGAGGAGGACGACGACUUCGGCGACGCCGCUUGGGGAUCUGUGGCUGGCUUUGGCAAUGUCGCCAAAGGCGUUCCUACAUUCACCGUACCUGCACUUCCAGACCCUACUGCUUUCUUGAGACUCCAUACAGACGAUCACGCCGACCCUAGUUGCAGGAUCAAGAUUCAGCAUGGAACGACGACGCUCGCAUUCAGGUUCCAAGGAGGUGUUAUCGUAGCUGUCGAUUCGCGAGCAACAGCGGGGAGCUAUAUCGCUUCCGGCACUGUGAAGAAGGUUAUUGAAAUCAACCCUUAUCUACUCGGAACCAUGGCUGGUGGUGCAGCCGAUUGUCAAUACUGGGAAACUUACCUCGGAAUGCACUGCCGCUUACACGAACUUAGAAACAAGGAACGAAUCUCCGUCUCAGCAGCGAGCAAGUUCCUGAGUAAUCUGGUGUACUCGUACAAGGGCAUGGGUCUGAGCAUGGGUACCAUGAUUUGCGGCUGGGACAAGACUGGACCUGCCAUCUUCUAUGUCGACUCAGAUGGUACCCGCCUCAAGGGUGAUCUGUUCUCAGUAGGAUCCGGUAGCACGUUUGCAUACGGUGUCCUGGACCAAGGCUACCGAUGGGAUUUGACCGAUGCCGAGGCUCAAGAACUUGGAAGGAGGAGCAUCUACGCUGCUGGUCAUCGUGACGCGUUCUCUGGUAACUCAGUCAACCUGUACCAUGUGAAGGAGCACGGUUGGGAAUUCAUUGGCAAUUACGACGUCAACAAACUUCACUACGACGGCCCUGGAGACGUUGCUGGCUCCCCAGGUCACGGCUACGGCUACGACGUCCGGACUGAGGGUCUCAGCUCCAAGAAUCCGCCUGCCGCUACAUCAUAA